UGUGUGCCUAGCACCGGUCACGUGGGCAACUGUCUAGUUCUGGUUCAUGCGUCUAUAAAUUCUCCUUCUUAUAUGAAGUUGUUCCUUUCCCAAGUAAGACGCCGAGUCCAUCAACAGAGUAGCUCCGACUUGUAAUAGAAUCAUGGCAGAAGACCAGGCUUUUGUGACUUUGGCGACCAAUGACAACUAUGCCAGAGGAGCCAUGGUCCUGGGCAAGUCCCUGAGGAACCACAAGACAACCAGGAAGCUGGUGGUGAUGAUCGGACCCCAUGUCUCUGACCCCUGCAAAGGAGUGCUUCUGAAGAUCUUUGACGAGGUACUGUUGGUAGAUGUGUUGGACAGCGGAGACUCAGCUAACCUGGCCCUGAUGAAGAGACCUGACCUGGGAGUCACCUUCACCAAGCUACAUUGCUGGACCCUUACACAAUACUCCAAAUGUGUCUUCAUGGAUGCAGACACACUGGUGGUACAGAACAUAGAUGAGUUGUUUGACAGAGAGGAGCUGUCUGCGGCCCCGGAUCCCGGCUGGCCAGACUGUUUCAACUCCGGCGUGUUCGUGUUCCGACCCUCCAACGAGACGUACAGCAAACUGCUCCAGUACUGCGCAGAACAUGGCAGCUUCGAUGGAGGAGACCAGGGGGUCUUGAAUGGCUUCUUCAGUAACUGGGCAACAGCAGAUAUAUCGAAACACCUCCCCUUCAUCUACAACCUCAGCAGCAUAGCAAUCUACACUUACCUUCCAGCAUUCAAACAAUACGGUGGCAACGCCAAGGUGGUCCACUUCCUGGGUCAGAUCAAGCCCUGGAGCUACACGUACGACCCCAAGACCAAGAGGGUCAGCGGGGACAUGCAGGAGACCUCCACACACCCCAGCUUCCUCCUGGACUGGUGGUUCCUCUACUCUUCCUCUGUGGUGCCCAUGAUGGUGGAGGGAUACGGAGACCAGCCUUUCCACUCUGGCUGUGUGGAAGUUCAUCUAGAAUUCCAGUCCCCUGUCAAAGAAAGUUGUGACCACCAUGGUCACUGGCCUGGGUCAUGGUCACAGAUCAAUAGUCACAAGGAAGGUGGCUGGAAGGGAAGCAGCUCGUCACAUGACUCCCAUCACACUGAGCCAUACAUGUCACCAGAGACAUCCGAGGAACGCAAGCAGAAAUGGGAGCAGGGCCAGGCGGACUACAUGGGAAUGGACUCGUUUGACAAUAUCCAGAAAAAGCUUGACGCUUUUCUCAAAUAAAGGGAAACUGAGUUUGACUGCAUCACUUUAGUUAGUGUCACCCCCCCACCCUACUCUCCAUCUUAGUGAGCCAUUACCCACCCCAGCUCCGAAGACUACAACACAAUUCUGUUACGAUGGGAAACAUUCUGACAUUGUUGGCAGAGGGCGUCCAACUGAGCAACACUUGUAUAGUAUGUUUAUCCUGUUAUAUGUGUACUGUGAAGAUUACGACACUGAAGCACCGAUUUAUUGACAAGCUUUUACAAGUCCUAUCUAUUUUUUUUCUAUUUUUGAAGAAAAUGUUUAGAAUUAAAACCGCAAUAAAAUAUAAUAAAUAAAUAUGGCCUUGG